AUGGAACAAAAUGGAGCCAACAAUGGGCAGGAUGCGAAGCCACCGGCAUCAUCUGCAGCUGCUGGCGCAAACAAGAGCCCGAAGAAGAGGCGUAAAGUAAAUCAUGCUUGUGUAUACUGUCGGCGAUCUCACAUGACAUGCGAUUUAGUACGACCUUGCGCGAGGUGUACAAAGCGUGGAAUUGGACAUCUCUGUCAUGAUGAGCCCCGCGAACCGGAGUCGUCCACGAAGAAGGCAGCGGCGAAAAGUCAGCAGCAUCACCAUAACAACAACGCUACAGCAGGAACAGCGGAGGAGCUGGGAGGGACACCGCCAGGUCUUAAGCUCGAGAAUUCUCUUGACAAUAGUCUAAAUAACUCGUUCGUCACGGCAGAACAACAACAAGGUCAAGAUCAAGUUCAGGAAAACAAAUUGAGUCUUGGAGCACCAGCAAUAUCCCGCGGUGUCCCUCUUCAGUUGGUCCAGCCUACGCCGGUUUCUGGGAUACAAGCGAAUGCUCUCGAUAGUAGCAGCAACAAUCAAUUUCUUGGGUAUCCGAAUGACUGGCUUGGGUCGCAAAACCAAUUUCAAGAUAUGCAUAACUACCAUCCAUCGUACAUGUUCAACGCACCGGAAGUCACCAACGAGUACAAUCUUCUAAACGAUUUCCUCAAUAAUAGUCUUCUAGACGACGGAGCUCUAGGUACAGAAGACACAUCAAAUUUUUAUCCUGAUCAAGCUGGUUCAAUGUUGUCAGGAGGCAAUUCUAACACGCUCACAUCAGGAGCGCAACAAGCUUCAAGUAGCGGUCCAUCAACAGGACUGAAUCCACCAGGAAAUUCGAUUACUAGACCAGCGAGCGUCAUACCAAUUGAUAAAGCCCGCGAGUACUACCUUCAAGCGGCUGAUCCCACUGGUAAUGAUGUCCCCGAGGUUAGAAUGCAACUAUUGUUAAGGGCAAAGUACGACGCCGGAAUGCUGAAGCCUUUCAAUUAUGUUAAGGGGUAUGCGAGACUUUCGGCUUAUAUGGAUGGACAUAUGCAACCAGCUUCAAAGCAAAAAAUACUCCGGCAAUUGGAUCGUUUUCGACCGAAAUUCAGGGAAAAGGUGCAAGCAUUGACAGAUAUUGAACUCAUCUACGUGGAAAUGUGGUUUGAAAGGAGUUUGAUGGAAUAUGAUCGAGUUUUUGCAAGUAUGGCCAUUCCAGCUUGUUGUUGGAGGAGAACGGGAGAGAUUUUCAGGGGAAAUAAGGAAAUGGCCGAGUUAAUACAUGUUCCUAUUGAGAAAUUACGGGAUGGAAAAAUAGCGCUCCACGAAAUCCUGACGGAGGAAUCGCUAGUCAAUUAUUGGGAGAAAUUCGGAGCUAUAGCUUUUGAUUUGAAUCAGAAAGCACUUUUGACGAGUUGUUCGUUAAAGAAUCCGGACGAUAAGAGUAAAGACCCAACGAUUAAAUGUUGCUUUUCGUUUAAUGUGAGAAGGGAUGAUCAUAAGAUCCCAUCUCUAAUUGUUGGAAACUUCUUACCUCAAGAUCCUAUCAAGCGGUGA